AUGAGAUUUUUGUUAGUGCUAACCGUGGCCAUAUUGGUCUGUGCCUCUGUGCUCGCUGCUGAAGAUGCAUCGGAUAACGCUGAGUAUGACUAUGAUGAUGAUGACUAUGAAUACGACGAAGAUUAUAGCUCUGGGGAAUCUGGAGAUGAGAGUUCAAGUGAGAACUCGAAUCAAACUACAACGGGAGCGAGUCCGAGCAACGACUCGGGAGUGAGCAAUGGAAGCUCUGGCAGCAGCGCAUCCGAAGACACUUCGGUAGAGGAAUCGGACGACAGUUCUGAAGAUACCUCCGCGGAAACUAAUGCGGGAUCAAGCGAAGUGAGCCCCACUCCAGUAACACCCCCAAAGGCAAAUCCAGCCACACCGAAAAAAACCCAGAAGCCUGCCGCCACCAAAAACAGCAACAAGAAGAACAAGCAGCGCAAGCGAACCACAGCAGCGCCCAAGCGACGCACCACAGUGGCACCGAAGCGUCGCCAGCCAGUGGCCGCACCCAUCAAGAAGCAGACACCUGUGGCAGCCAAGAAGCGAGCCACCGUGGCAGCAAACAAACGUAAGCAGACUUCGGGUUAA